UUUGUCAACCUGGAAGCCUGGCUUGGUCAAUCUUUCGCAGCACGAGAGGCUCAGUCACCACCACCAAGUCAAGUCUCGCGAUACCACCCAACAAACCGCCAAUAUGCCUCGUGGACUCAAUGCGGCGCGCAAGUUGCGCAUGAACCGUAAGGACCAGAAGUGGGCCGACCUCGGAUACAAGAAGCGCGCCCUCGGCACCGCUUUCAAGUCCUCCCCCUUCGGUGGUUCCUCUCACGCCAAGGGCAUCGUCCUCGAGAAGGUCGGUGUUGAGGCCAAGCAGCCCAACUCUGCCAUCCGAAAGUGUGUUCGUGUUCAGUUGAUCAAGAACGGCAAGAAGGUCACUGCUUUCGUCCCCAACGACGGUUGCUUGAACUUCGUCGACGAGAACGACGAGGUCCUCCUGGCCGGUUUCGGUCGCAAGGGCAAGGCCAAGGGUGAUAUCCCCGGUGUCCGCUUCAAGGUCGUCAAGGUCUCUGGUGUCGGUCUGCUCGCUCUGUGGAAGGAGAAGAAGGAGAAGCCCAGAUCCUAAACGGGAGGCUUCGCGAAGCAUGGGAAGGCAGUGGAAGAAAAUUCGGCACUCGGAGUUUUACGCUUGCAUUGGCAUCAAUGGGUUAUGGUCCUGAUACUGCGGGUAGACUUUGGUCGAUGAAAUAAAACAUCAUGAAAGUCACCUGACAUGCGGCAUUUCACACAUUACACAAAAAUGGGGUUAUCGGGCGUGAACAAGAAUCAUUAUGUUUCGAUUCUAUGUGCUAUGAAUACAGAUGUUGGUACAAUUUUGUUCUCCCUUCGCAAUUGCCGUCUCCGAGCAUCGCGUCUGC